AUGGAUUUAUUUGCCGCUCUGGGGUCCCCCACGUGCUCCAGAGUGAACAUGAUACAGGUCAGAUCUAAGUAACUGUCCUCGUUUCCCUCGUGCAGACAGGGGGAUGUGACCAAACACCUGUGAGUAAUGCAGAGUCUGCGCCAAAGGAUGGGACGGGAGAGGAUGACGGUGGUGGGGAUGGAGCUGAGUUCACAGCCCGGACACCGGGACCCUGCGCUGCUCUUACUGCUCCUAUCGGUACAUUUCAACUGGCUGUUCAAUGGAUUCAGACACAACUACCCGCAGGAAGGGGGAGGGGGGGGAUCCAGCUCCCGAAACAUGAUUUCUUCACAAAAAUAGACAUUUUGCAGCCUCUCCGCGCGACGUGAUCCCGAUUUAUGAAUGGAGAGACGAAAAUAAUCCUUCUCCUCUUUCCCACGGGGCUUAACGGUGUCCGUGAAACAAAAGAGGAUUUGGUUCGAAUCCCUCUAAUUCCGCCGUGGUUCAGCCGUUCGUGUCGACUGGCGAGGCGCGUCCCCGCAGCCGCACGCAGGCAACGCGCGCAGCCCCGCGUCCUCCACGGAAACGCCGCCACGCGUGGAUUUUCUCCUCCCCGCCAAGUCGAUCGCUCGACAUGAGCGCGCUCCGGUGUCGUGGCCGCGCGCAGACGCGCCGCUGAAGCCCCGCCGCGUCCUCCUCGUCCCGCGCUCGCCUUUUUCGUGCGACGAUGUCGUGCAGCAUCCCCAUCCUCCUCUUCCUCCUCCUCCUCCUCCUCCUCGCUCUGGACCGCAGGCACAGCGUCGCCUCGAGCCCCACGGAUGACAGCGCGCCGCGCGGCGGCGGCCACGCGGACCACGGGGAGCCGGGCCACAGGGACGCGCACCAGGACUCCUACAGCACCUUCGCCUCCGAGUUCCUCGAGUCCCGAUACCUGUCGGACGAGGGAUACCCGUUCCCGACGGCCCCACCCGUAGACCCAUUUGCCAAAAUCAAAGUGAGCGACUGCGGUCUCACCAAAGGAUGUGUGAGAUACGGCAAGCCGGGGUGCGACGCGGAGACGUGCGACUACUUCCUGAGCUACCGCAGGAUCGGCGCUGACGUGGAAUACGAGAUGAGCGCCGACACGGACGGCUGGGUGGCUGUGGGCUUCUCUUCAGACAAGAAGAUGGGUGGGGACGACGUCAUGGGCUGCGUGCACGACGACAACGGCCGCGUGCGCAUCCACCACUUCUACAACGUGGGCCAGUGGGCCAAGGAGAUCAAGCGGAACCCGGCGCGCGACGAGGAGGGCAUCUUCGAGAACGGCCGCGUCACCUGCCGCUUCAAGCGACCGCUGUAUGUGCCGCGUGAGGAGACGCUCGUCGACCUCCACCUCAGCUGGUACUACCUGUUCGCAUGGGGACCGGCAAUCCAAGGGUCCAUCACCCGACAUGACAUCGACACGCCGCCCGUCUCCGAUCACAUGAUCAGCAUCUACAAGUACGAGGACAUCUUCAUGCCCUCAACAGCCUACCAGACUUUCUCUUCCCCGUUCUGCCUACUGCUCAUCGUGGCGCUCACCUUCUACCUGCUCAUGGGGACACCGUAGACACAGCUGGAGGCGGAGCCCAGGGAACAAGAGCCAGCAAUAAAAAAAAAGAAACAGGGACACUGACUGUGUAUCAUCUGCUUACUGCCAUACAAAGAUGUGCAAAUAUAUAUAAAGAGAAAAACACACAUAUACAAUAAGUAUCAAUAUUUAUAUAAAUUCAGGUACUCGGUAGGAAGCCUUCAAGUCGCCGAUCCGGUGAUGCGGCAGUGUGGUUUGUGGUCAACUGACAUGUCCCAGUUAGCCUUAUAUCAUGGAGAUGGGAAGUAGGAGCGUCUCUGAUGAUAUUAUAAUAACCCGUAGUUCUCAUUUUGUAUUGUGUUUAUUUCACAGUUACCAGUAUUAUUAAUGUGUGCCUAACUUGUGUGUGCCAGUCAUUGUCAAUGAGUUUUUGCAGCAUCCCCACCUCAUUAAAUCUGCUAGAGGCCAAAGGGGUGUGGCAAGCAGAUGGGUGGUAUGUUGGUGGCCAAUGGCAGGAGGCCAAAGGGGCGGGGCAUAGGAGUAAUUGGCCAAUAAGGGCUGGCGUAAGGUAGUAAGAGGAUGACAGUGGCGAGGGGAUGUGUGUGUGUGUGUGUGUGUGUGUGUGUGUGUGUGUGUGUGUGUGUGUGUGUGUGUGUGUGUCCAUCCAUCCAUCCAUCCAUCCUCCAGCCUCAUUCAGACACACCCCUUCCAUUGUCACGAGAGAUGUUUCUGUUCCUUUACUCAUGAAUAUUGAGCCUAAUUAGAGAGAGAGGUAUUGCAUUUUAUUCUAAAAAAACUCUUAAUUUCUAAUGUACUGAUUUAGAGACGGCUGCCAGCAGUAAAAUAAACCAGUUUUAAGCUCUGUAUGCUACCUGCCUUGUUGAGUAUGUCAUAUGAACUGUACUCUUAAUCAGCUGUGCUUUAUUGUCACUCUAUACCGUCUCUGUUUAUUUGUUUGAAUAGCUGUGUGGUCCAGAGUCUGUGUAAACUAAUCACCCUGGGAUUCCUGCUAUAAAACACAACCAUCUCUGACUGAAAUAGGGAUCCCGGUAAAUUAUCUUCAUGUUCAGAUAAUCCAUUUGUGCUCUUUGGUUUAAAAUAAAAAUAAGUUUGUUUUUUUUUUUUUUU